CAGGAAUUGGAAUACCUUCUCCAUUCUCCGGUACGCACUCUUCUUCAUCUUCUUUACCACUAUACUAUUGAAGUCGCAGCAUGAGCAACAUGAACGGUGGACGACGCUCUCUGCCUAGCGGUGUCUAUGCGCCCUUGCCAACCUUCUUCGAUUCGAAUGAGGAGCUUGACCUGACAUCGUUCCGGAAGCACCUCACUCGUCUUGCGAAGAUCGACAUCUUUCCAGUCUGCGCUGGCUCCUUGGGAGAGGCUGUUCAUCUGACAAAUGAGGAACGUGGCGAAAUCAUCAGAGUCACUCGUCAGGUGCUCGAAGAAUGUGGAAAACCCGACACUCCGAUCGUUGCGGGAGUUGGAGGCAGCUCGACUCGUCAGACCAUCGAGCUCGCUCGACACGCAGCGGCGGCCGGAGCCGAUGCCGGCAUGAUCAUCCUACCAGCAUACUACGCGGCAAGCUUGGCAACCGAUCCAAAGCAAAUCGUGCAAUACUACUGCGACGUCUGCAGUGCUUCACCUAUACCGAUCCUCCUAUACAACUUUCCGGCCAACGCCGCAGGCCUAGACAUGUCUUCUGACAUCAUUGAGGAGAUAGCAAGCAAGUCGCCGAACCUUGCAGGAGUCAAGCUGACCUGUGGUGGAAGCAUUUCGAAAUUGAUUCGACUGCGAUCCCCAACAUCAGGACACCAAGAGUCGCCAUCCUCCGCCUCCAAGCUCCUCUUUUUGGACGGUCUGAUCUCUGACCUCGUACCAUGGAUGAGAGUCGGUGGUCAUGGGACCGUUAGUGGUAUCUCCAACUUUGCCCCAUAUGCCACAAUGCGAUUGUGGGAGCUGGUGAACAAGGAGCCUAGUGCGCUUACCAAGGACGAGGAAUCUGAGCUCAACCGGAUCCAGGCCAUUCUAGCUAAAGCUGAUGCAUAUGCAGUGCCUGCAGGAGUUCGAGGUCUCAAGUACGCCCUGGCUAGGAUACAUGGCACCAGCCCUUUCCCCCGGCGACCCCUCCUACCCUUGGGAGAUCAAGAUGGGGAAGCAUUCUGGGCAAAGCUCGUAGAAAUGAUGGACCUUGAGGCAUCCUUGGCUCCACAAUAGUGUACGCACAUCUCCUUUAGAAGCACGUCUCCUUAGAAGCACAUCUCCUUUAGACGCACAUUUCCUACAGAAGCAUAUCUCCUUUAGACUCCUUUAGAUGCACAAGUCCUCUGUCGCCCUUUCAUCAGUACAAUUUGAAAUCUUCAAUGAGAAUCCUUUAU